CGGGGGGGUUGGCUUUUCUAGCGCCGGCGCGCAAUCGUUCUUCAUGGCUUCGAUGGAGUUCCCCCUUUUCCCUUUCCUAGGUUCCCUUCCCCCCCUCCUGCCUUGGCCCAACGCGGUGGCAACUGUCCCUUCACCCACCACUCUCUCACGAACUGCACGUAGAGAAGAGGGAAAAAAGGAGGCUGUCGGGCCGAUCGUCGUGGUUCUUGUCUUCCCCUUUUGGGUAUCGUCAAGGCAGCAAACCAGAAAGUCCGACACCAACUUUGACCCCUCGACGUCAUGCACGGUUCAUCAUGUUCAUGUCGAUCCGGAUGGAUUUCCUGCGAUGGGGUUCGACAUUGGGAUUUUCUUUUCUUGUGUUGCAGUACUUUGUACGGGUACACCCACACACACCUUGCCUCUUAACUUGCUUGCUUACUUACCCAGCUGAACUGCUGUGGCUCAGAAAUUCAUCUUGUUUAAGCGUCGAACUUAAAUCCUUCAAAAUGUAUUUCUAACGCAAUCAUGAG